UCAUGUGAAUGUAAUUUAGCAAUUUUAACGAAAUCUCCUGUUGGCUACCUGACAUCGCACCCGAAACGCCUUCCCCUGUAUGAAGAGCGGUUGGAGCGUGGAAUGUGCAUUGAGGGUCGUGCGUCCUUCUCUUUAGUCCUUAUAAUUCGAACGAUUGCUCAGAAAACAAGGUGUUUUAAUCGGCGUAUGCCUUGCGAUUACUAAAAUAAGCAGAACGAUUGCUCAGAAAACCAGGUAUUUUAAUCGGCGUAUGCCUUGCGAUUACUAAAAUAAGCAGAGUAAGGUGUUUACAUGGCUGAUUACAUACUCGGCCUUCUGCCGUAAUCAGUUUAAUAUCGAGUGUUUUGUGAAUCGUUUCAUGAACAUUGUGCAGUACUGUACUCGGCCUCUAGGAUGUGCCAUUGAUUCACAUUAGGUCCGUAGGCGCACACUGCGUCCAUACGGAGACUCAGGAGCUGUCAAAAUGGCUACGACUAUGUCAUGGGCAUCAUAUCUCCUUAUUCAUUUAGUAAUAUUUUCAUGGUAUGUCUUUACGUUAUCGGCGAAUUGCUCAUUGAAAAGCACAGAGAUACAUCCAGGAGCCAAAACAUUUGGAGGCCGCUGGAAAUAUCUGACUUUCCUCAAUCUGGUUUUGCAGACCGUAUUCUUCGGACUCGUUGUUUUGAUUGACAUCAUCCACCUGAUAUUGCCAUCCAAAAGUUUGAAGUGUGGUGUACCGCUCCUCCUAGUGAAAUUAAGAGAUACCAUUUUCACUAUUUUGGCGUUUCCUAUUGGGACAUUUGUGUUCUUGUCCUUCUGGUCGAUAUAUCACUAUGACAGAGAGAUGGUCUAUCCUAAGUUUCUAGAUGACAUUAUUCCUAGCUGGCUGAACCAUGCUCUGCACACUAUCAUCCUGCCCCUGGCUCUGCUGCAGAUGUAUAUUCAGCCUCAUCGAUAUGGCAGCAAGAUGAGAGGCAUCCUAGGUCUGGCCUUCUUUUCUGCUGUAUAUCUGGGAUGGGUUCUGUGGGUGCACCAUGCGGCUGGUAUCUGGGUCUACCCCAUCAUGGAGCGCCUGAGUCCCGUGGGCCUGGUUAUAUUCCUGGGGGUGGCUUGCAUCACCCUGGCCCCCCUCUACCUGCUGGGGGAGAAACUCAACCACAAAAUCUGGAGGAGCACUGCGGGAUCUGCAGGACCUCAGAAGAAAAAGAAGAAGUAAGCAUGUGCUGGCAUGAGUGCCACAGAGGGGACCAGAGAGGCCUAUAUGAUGAUAUCACACGAGGACAGACAGACAGAACACAGCACCCCCAGCACUGAUUACCUCAACCAGAAGAGACUGGUGGAUCUCUUGUUGGAGGUAGAAGUUGCCCCAAACCACAGAUCUAGAAUCAGAUUACCUUAUCCUAAUAAUAAUAAUAAUAAUAUAUGCCAUUUAGCAGACGCUUUUAUCCAAAGCGACUUACAGUCAUGUGUGCAUACAUUCUACGUAUGGGUGGUCCCGGGGAUCGAACCCACUACCCUGGCGUUACAAGCGCCAUGCUCUACCAACUGAGCUACAGAAGGACCACUAUCCUCAGUCCUCAUUUUAACCAUUAAGAUGAAAAAAUAUAUAUUAUUCUGAUCCUAUAUCAGCAGUUAGAGGCAACCUGUGCCUGCUCUGUAUCGCUCAGGCAGAUCUCAGGCAGUGGGCAUAAUGUGCUUCUGUGGUCAAGCCAAAUAAUUUAAAGAUUAAAUUCAAUACUUAGACUUAAUUUACUCCACAAGGGGAUAUUGUGCUACUUGUCACAGUGAGAUAACAGCUCAAUAUAAAACUUAAUAUUAAGUUGAUCCUUAUUGGUUGUGUUAACCCAAUUGUUCUCUCACCAUCCGUAAAGUAGACUUGCACUGACAGUAGAAUAAAACUUUAGUAUAUGCAACUCUAGUGAUCUCUCUCAUUUUGUGAUGCUAUUUCCUUUAUUAUGAUACUGUUUCACUUGAUACUGUACUGUUGGUUGUGAAAGGGACAGUCCCUUAUGUGCACUUGCUAGCUUACCCUUUGAAUUCAUGCGUAUAUAUGCUCACUUUUAGAACACAAGGUCCUUAUGUAAUUUGGAGAGAAAUAAGAUGAAGACAAUUAAAAGAUUUGAAAUAUA